AUGCUCAAAAAAUACCCAAAUAUUGAUGGCUUUGAGAUUGAAGAGCGUUAUAACGAAACGACUGAACAAUCAAUUAAUAGCGAUAUAAUUGAGUUGUUUAUCAAAUAUAUCCCGCGUUUGGAUUCAAUUAAUUUCUGGUUAAACCAUACGCUUAGCAGCAAAACAAGGGAUAAAUUGUUUGCAAAGUUUGGUAAACAAUUGAAAACAAUUGAGUCCUACGAAGAAGACUCGGCCGGCGUUUCGGCAAACAUACAGUUGUGUCCAAACUUACAAACACUUGACUUAACACAAACGCUAGAGAUGUGGUCAAGUGAUGGACCGCUGAGACUAUUUUCACAACAUCUCUGCGCCGAGAAUGAGAUACUGUUCCCGAAGUUAAAGACAUUUCGGUUCAGAUAUACCGCCGAAGAUAGCGAUAGAUUUGAGGGAUUUGUCCGCAACUAUAAGACAAUCAUUAAGUCGUUAUAUAUAAACAUCGAUUACAACUGCGAUAAACAAUCGUUUGAUAACCUAAUGGACUGUUUGCCACAAAUUGUCUCAUUGAAUGAAUUGAGUAUUUCUGUCAAAGCUGUCAAUCACUUCUCGAGCGACUCAUUUGCAGUUCAAUUGAAACAAUUGGGUCUUAAAUGCCGGCAAAUGAUAAGCCUAUCAAUCCAUAUGCCGUACACACAGACAAUGUGGGACUUAAAUCCGGCACCAAUUAUGCCGCAAACAAUGUCGAUAAUAACCAACUCUUCGCGAGAUAACUAUUACGACGAGACUUUUGAUGUGAAUUUGCAGUCUAUCAUCGGUUCCGGCUUUUUUACGACAGUAUAUCGGGUCAGACAUAGAACCGAUGGCCAGACGUAUGCCGUCAAACAGAUCACAUUAUCGCGUUUGGAUGAAAAGCAAAAGUCAAACGCUAUGAAAGAGUCGGACUUUUUGGUCAAAAUUAACCCAAAAAUGAGCGUAAAGUACAUCGACUCGUGGAUCGAAGGGAACACUUUUCUGUACAUCCAAAUGGAGGCCUGCGAUCAGAGUCUUCGGCCCAUUCUUGAGACCAAAUACCAGGCAUUCGGCCGACAAUCAGCGAAGGAACCGCUGAAAUGCCACGAAUGGUACCUCUCGUGCCAUAUAUAUCGGGAACUAUUGGAGUGCGUGAAGAGUUUGCAUGACAUGAGCCCUCAGCUCAUUCAUCGGGAUCUUAAACCGGAGAAUGUGCUGAUCCAACGCCAGGCCAGUGGGCAGUGGUGUCUGAAACUGUGUGACUUCGGUCUCUCCACUCUUCAUGACGAUGAGAUCAAUUACAGGACUUCGCAAAAACACACCGCAGAUGUGGGAACACCCAAAUAUAUCGCUCAUGAAGUGAUGACCGGCCGCAAGUACGGCCCCAAAGCCGAUGUCUACAGUCUGGCCAUUAUUGGCGGCGAGUUGUUUGACAUUUGUGUGCCCACUAUUGAUCUCACAAAC